AUGGAUUGGAAAUACAAACUUCCCAGCAUUCAAAACCGCCUUCGAUUUCAACUCUUUUCUCGACGCUAUGACGGAAUGGAGCGGGUUUACCAUCUUUUCUCAGUAUUUUUCAUUUAGGAAAGCGAUAGAGACCAAAGUGGGAGUCUUGACCGUUAUGAGUUCGAAGCAUUUUUAAGCAAGGUUGGAUUAUUCCUCACAACCCAAGAGCAAAGUGAGCUUUUCAGAUAUUACGAUAAAAACCACGACGGCCAGAUCUCUGUGACUGAGUUCCUUUCUUCUCUGCAGUCAGAAAUGUCUGAGCAGCGCCUUAGUGCAGUCAAAGCUGCAUUUCAAUUUCUAGACACAGAAAACAGAGGCUCAGUUCCAAUUGAAAGGCUUCAAAGAUUAUAUCGUGCCAAUCGUCACCCAAGGGUGUUAACCAGAGAAAAAACAAUUGAGCAAGUGACUAAUGAGUUCAACUCUGCCUUAAGCAGAUAUUCAGACAAUGGAAUUAUGUCUGAAGAUGGCUUUUUAGCUUAUCACGCUUCUUUAAGUGCUACAAUUCCUACAGAAAGCGAUGAAUAUUUUACAAAUUUAUUAGUCGAGACUUGGGGUGUUAAUUUUACAAACCAAUUGUCAACAGGCAGGACUCUGGAAAAUCUUGAAGAAAUUUUAAAUGAAAAAAUAAGGCAAAGGACUAGCAGCUCAGAAGAUGAAGGAAAAAGUGUGUUAAGGACUUUUAAUUAUGUGGAUAAAGAUUCUUCAGGAGCUAUUACAUAUCAAGAGUUUAAGCAGGCUUUAGAUCAGUGGGGAUGUGCCUUCUCAGAUGAUGAAGCCAGGGCGCUGUUUGACAAUUAUGACAGGGAUAAGUCAGGGUAUUUGCUAAUAGAAGAAUUCGCUCAAGCUUUUGCGACGAGAGGGGCAGCUGGAUGCCAUCAGUUUAAUGGGAAAAGAGAGCCUCCUAAUUCAAUUAUUGAUAAAAUCAGAAAAGACUUGUUAAGGAGAGGAUUCCAUGGGAUUAGAAGCUUAGGCUUAGUUUUUAAAAGGCUUGACAUCACCCAGAGUGGAGUUUUGACUAAAAACGAUUUUGAAUGGGGGCUAAGAGACAAUGGCCACUUUUUGAACCAAAUGGACUUAGACCGCUUAUUCAACUAUUUUGACAAGAACCGCAACAGCAGGAUCCAAUAUAAUAAUUUCAUAGCGAUAUUGAGAGGAGACCUAAGUCAAGGCAGAAAACAAUUGGUUUCUGCUGCAUACCAAAAGCUGUCAAAUAAUGGAGUUUUGAGGCUAGAAGACUUAAGGGCAAACUAUGACCCUGGCUUCCACCCAGAGGCCAAAAGUGGAAGAAAGUCUCGUGAGCAAGUUCUCAGUGACUUUAUAAGCCAGUGGCCAGUUCCUAAUCAAGCGAUUAUUUCUGCUGAAGACUUUGAGAGCUAUUAUAAAGAUGUAUCACUCAGUUAUUCAAGAGAUGACGAAUUUGAGAAUAUGAUUAGGAGCGCUUGGCAUAUGGAAAUUCUGCCCACCCAGCCAUCUAAGACUCUGUCUUCAAUGCAGAGCACCCAAAGAAAUAAAGCUCGUUAA